CCUAUAAUAUAUAUGUACGUGAAACACAAGCGAACCGAAAUGAAAUUUGUGCGUCUCCGACAGGCUAUGUGGUGGGAGCAAAACUUCCGGUUGGAAUGGAAUGAUAUUGUAUAAUACUCUUAUGUUUGUAUCGUUACUCACAAGCUUCCGUUUCCUCCUCGUCUCUAAGAUCCCUCUCUAUCUGCAUGCGACUGCUCUUAUUCGAAUUUCGCUUUCUACAAAAGCCUGCGUGAUUGAUUCUCUCUCGCGUUCCACCUCCCAAUCCGAAGAUCUGCGUCUGUAAGAACAAUUCCAACCCCGAUGUCCUUUUUCCCGAGAAAAUUCCCACAAAAUUUCCCAUAUUUUCCCAGAAAUUUACCAUGUUCAGCUGCUGUGCUUUGCUCUGCGAUGGUUUCUAGGGUUUUCUCGUGUUGAAGCUCUUGUAUGUGUUUGCUUAAUUUCCUUUUGUAGCUCAACCUCGUGUAUUUAUUUUGCACCUGUCGCUGUCAGAUCUCCAUUUCUUAGUGUUUUUUUAUGUAUGCAACUUUAAAUUUUUUUCAUUGGAGGGAGUCUGUUCGUGUUGUUUCGUAUCUCAAUUGCCUCUUUUUCUUGUUUGAGAAUCUGAAUUUGGAUACUUGGUUUAGAUUUUGAUUUGUUCCGAAAGGAGUUGGCAUUUAUUGGGAUGUUUGGUAUCUUAGCUAUUUUUAAGGGUAAAUUUUAGGGGUUGUGAUUCUUAUAGAUGGACAAGGACAAGUCCCAUGCCCAUGGUGGAGGUUUCCCACCCCCAUCAGGCAGGUACUCGAGUUUCUUGCCAACCGGAGCUGCUUUCAAUGUGAAACCUGAGCCAUCCUCUUCAUCGUCGUUUCCUCCGCUGGCCUCGGGUGCUAGUGCAGACUCUGGUCACUUUAGCCAUGAUAUUAGCAGAAUGCCAGAUAACCCACCUAGGAAAUUGGGUCAUAGACGUGCCCAUUCGGAAAUCUUGACCCUUCCAGAUGAUAUUAGCUUUGAUAGUGACCUUGGUGUUGUGGGUGGUGCGGAUGACCCUUCAUUUUCGGAUGAGACUGAGGAAGACUUGUUCUCUAUGUACCUUGAUAUGGAAAAGUUCAAUUCAUCAUCUGCUACAUCAUCCUUUCAGUUCGGGGAGCCAUCAUCUUCUGCAGCAGCACCUGCUCCAGUAAUAGCACCAGUAUCAAGAGCACCCACCUCAUCCGCGGAGAAUAUUGCCAUUGGUUCCAAUGAGAGACUCAGAGUUAGGCACCAACAUAGCCAGUCAAUGGAUGGGUCGUCAACCAUCAAACCGGAGAUGCUGGUCUCCAGUUCAGAAGAUAUCAAUGCAGCUGAUUCCAAGAAAUCCCUGUCAGCUGCUAAGCUUGCUGAGCUUGCCCUGAUUGAUCCAAAACGUGCAAAGAGGAUCUGGGCAAAUAGGCAGUCAGCUGCAAGGUCAAAGGAAAGGAAAAUGCGAUAUAUUGCUGAGCUUGAACAGAAAGUCCAGACGUUGCAAACAGAAGCAACUUCCUUGUCUGCUCAAUUGACUCUCUUGCAGAGAGAUGCAAAUGGUCUGACUGCUGAGAACAGUGAACUGAAACUGCGCUUGCAGACAAUGGAGCAACAGGUUCAUUUGCAAGAUGCAUUGAACGAUGCACUGAAAGAAGAAAUUCAGCAUCUGAAAGUUGUUACUGGCCAAGCUAUGCCAAAUGGUGGACCUAUGAUGAACUACGCUUGUUUUGGCGGGGCGGGCCAGCAGCAAUUCUAUCCAACCAAUCAAGCUAUGCACACCCUUCUAGCUGCACAGCAGUUUCAACAGCUCCAGAUUCAUUCUCAGAAACAGCAGCACCAAUUUCAGCAGCAUCAACUCCAUCAACUUCAGCAGCAACGGAUGCAGCAGCAGCUUCAGCAGCAGCAACAGCAACAACAACAAAGUGGGGACUUGAAACUAGGAGGAUCCGUGCCUUCGCCAAGCCAGAAAGAGAAUACAUCAGAGGUCAACCAAUCUGUAACGAAGGAUUGUUGAGAAGUGUUUUCCAGUUAGCAUUUGUUUGUAGUCAGUUGUAUACUUAUCAUUUUAGAUGUAGAUCGAAUUAUCAUAGUUGUAGCACCUUGUGAUUUGUGUUUUGUUCUGGGUAUUUACGGUGGAUUUAGAUUAUGAAGAUUUGUUUACUGAAUAUUAGAAUGUGUAGUCGUUGAUUUAUCCUUUGUAAUCCCAUAGCUAUUGCCCUCCGUUGAAAUAGGAUGCAAUCAAGAGUGGUGGAUAGCGUGAUGAUCUUGUCAUGUCAAACCACACAAUACUGUAAGCGCUCUAGGGCGCCUGGAAGAUAUGUUUUUAAAUAUCGCUAUACAAUUACAACCUGUCUUUGCUCAA